AUGGACGGCCUUCUUCAAACUCUUGUCAUUCUUUUUGCCUCCGUGUCUUUGGUAGCAGCCGCCCCUGCUCAACAAUCCAGCCAACCUAUCACUUCGCUUUCUGCGGCUAGCAUUGCGGCUUUCAAACCCUAUUCAUAUUACGCUGCUGCUGGCUAUUGCUCUCCCGCGAAAACCCUUGCAUGGAACUGUGGAGGUAACUGCCAAGCGAACCCGACCUUCAAGCCUGUUGCGGCCGGUGGAGAUGGCGACGCCACCCAGUUCUGGUUUGUCGGCUAUGACCCAACACUUGCAACUGUCAUUGUUUCCCACCAAGGCACCGAUCGGUCGCAAGUCUUGCCUUGGCUGACGAAUGCAAACUUCUUCCUGAAGAGUUUGGACCGCGAUUUUUUUCCUGGCGUCAGCUCAUCCGUCCAGACCCAUAGUGGGUUCGCCCACGAGCACGAGAAGACAGCCCCCCAGAUUCUUCGUGCCGUCAAAACGACAAUCUCCAAGUUUGGCGCGAAGAAGGUCACCAUGGUUGGCCACAGUCUAGGCGGCGCUCUUGCCCUUCUCGACUCGGUUUACCUGCCCCUCUAUAUAUCCAACGUCACUUUCCAAACCAUCACCUAUGCGAUGCCUCGAGUUGGCAAUGCCAACUUCGCCGACUUGGCCAGCCGUGGCAACACCGUCACCCACAUUAAUAACAAGAACGAUCUCAUUCCGAUCUUGCCUGGCCGGACUAUCGGGUUCCGUCAUCCCACAGGCGAGAUUCGCAUCCAGGACUCCGGUGCUUGGUAUCGCUGCCCAGGAAGUGACAACACCAACAAACUGUGCACGACAGGAGCUGUUGGAAGCAUCUUCGAGGGCGACCAAAGCCAACAUGAUGGUCCGUAUGAUGGUGUGAAGAUGAGCUCGAAAUGUCCUAGUGUUUUGUCAUCGUAA